AACUCCUCUUCACCACGGCGGUGCCACCUCGCCGGCGGCCAUAACCCCUAAACCCCCAGCCCCCACCCGCCAUGGCCGAUACGCUCGCCUUGCCGCUCCCUCUCCGCGCGCCCGCCCCGCCGGCUCAGCGCGUCCAGCACCGCCAGGCCCCCGCGGACCACUCCUCCCCUCCCCGCUUCUUCUCCCCCACCUCCCUCCUCUCGUCCUCCCACCCCGUGCCGUCUUCCUCCUCCCGCAAGCCUCGCCUCGGACGGCGUCUCGAUCCCGCCCGCCGGGGCGGGGGUGGAGGAGGAGGCCAGCCGUGGCACCUCCCGCCGUCACUCUCCCUCCCCGCGCGCCGCGCGCUCCUCGCCCUCCUCGACGACCCUGGUCGCUCCUCCCCGCGCGACCUCCUGGCCGGGCUCCCCGCGUCCGAUCUUGCCGCGGUGCUAAGCGCCCUCGGCUCCCGCGGCCAGCCCGGCGCCGCGCUCGCUGCCCUCCACGCCGCGCGCGAGGUCCACGGUGAGAGCUUCCUCCACCACCCGCGCCUUCUCCCCACCGCCAUCCGAGUCCUCGCGCGCGCGGGGCGCCUCGCUGAGGCCUCCGCGCUCCUCGACGCCGCACCGGGCCCCGACGCGAGCGCGUACACGGCCCUCGUGUCUGCGUUCUCCCGGGCCGGCCGUUUCCGGGACGCGGUCGCCGUGUUCAGCCGCAUGGUGGACAACGGAGUCCAGCCCGCCCUCGUCACCUACAAUGUCGUGCUCCAUGUGUACUCCAAGAUGGCCGUUCCAUGGAAGGAGGUGAUGGGGCUUGUUGCCUCUAUGAAGGAAAACGGCGUUGCGCCGGAUAGGUAUACAUAUAACACGCUCAUUAGCUGUUGCCGUCGUAGGGCGCUUUACAAGGACGCAGCAAAGGUGUUCGAUGAAAUGAAGGCUUCUGGGUUCGAACCUGAUAAGGUCACAUUCAAUUCGCUGCUUGAUGUAUAUGGCAAGGCACGAAAGCAUGAUGAAGCAAUUGAGGUGAUCCAGGAGAUGGAGCAUGCAGGCUGCCCACCCAGUGUGGUGACCUACAACUCGCUCAUUUCAUCGUAUGUGAAAGAUGGAUUGUUGGAACAGGCGGUUGCGCUUAAGCAGGAGAUGGAGGUGAAGGGGAUCAAGCCAGAUGUGGUGACAUACACGACGCUGAUUUCUGGCCUUGACAGAGCUGGCAAAAUUGAUGCAGCGAUUGUGGCUUAUGAUGAAAUGGUUAGGAAUGGAUGCAAGCCAAACUUGUGCACAUACAAUGCAUUGAUCAAGAUGCAUGGGGUUAGGGGCAAGUUCACAGAGAUGAUGGCUGUGUUUGAUGAGCUCAGGACUGCUGGUUUUGUGCCAGAUAUUGUGACCUGGAACACUCUCUUAGCUGUGUUUGGGCAGAAUGGUUUGGAUUCUGAAGUGUCUGGUGUGUUCAAAGAGAUGAAGAAAGCUGGUUACAUCCCUGAGAGGGAUACAUAUGUUUCACUCAUUAGUUCGUAUAGUCGAUGUGGUUUAUUUGACUUAGCAAUGCAGAUAUACAAGAGGAUGAUGGAAGCCGGUAUAUAUCCUGAUAUCUCAACUUAUAAUGCUGUUCUAUCUGCCCUGGCUCGUGGUGGGCGUUGGGAGCAAGCAGAAAAGUUGUUUGCUGAGAUGGAGGAGAGAGAUUGUAAGCCAGAUGAGUUUAGUUAUUCUUCACUGCUUCAUGCGUAUGCAAAUGCAAAGAGGUUAGACAAAAUAAAAGCUAUAUCAGAUGAUAUAUAUUCAGAGAGAGUACAACCACACAAUUGGGUGGUGAAAACAUUGGUCUUGGUUAACAGCAAAGUUAACAAUUUAGCUGAGGCGGAAAAGGCACUCCUGGAAUUGAGACGGAACCAAUGUUCAUUGGAUAUUAAUGUUCUUAAUGCCAUGGUUUCCAUAUAUGGAAAAAACAGGAUGGUCAAGAAGGUGGAGGAGAUUCUUUCACUGAUGAAGGAAAGUGCUAUCAACCUCAGCGCUGCAACCUACAAUAGCUUGAUGCAUAUGUAUUCUCGUUUAGGCGAUUGUGAGAAGUGUGAAAGUGUUAUGACUGAGAUCAAGACAAGUGGUGUGCGCCCCGAUAGAUAUUCUUAUAACACUGUGAUCUAUGCAUAUGGAAGAAAAGGACAGAUGAAAGACGCCUCAAGAUUGUUCUCUGAGAUGAAAUGUUCAGGUCUGAAACCAGAUGUUGUAACAUACAAUAUUUUUGUCAAGAGUUAUGUCUCCAACUCAAUGUUUGAAGAAGCUAUUGACUUAGUACGCUAUAUGGUUACUCAAGGUUGCAAGCCUAACGAGAGAACUUACAAUACAAUACUGCAGGGCUAUUGUACGAAUGGAAGGCUAGUAGAUGCCAAACGAUUUGUCAGCAACCUUCCUCAGCUUCAUCCUGGAAUUUCUAAACAAGAACAACAAAAACUGUUUGAAGUUUUAGCAAAGCACACUCGAAGAUAGUUGAUAAAUAGAUGACAUUUGUAUUCUUGAGCACUAGUACUAGAUAAAACUACUUUCUUGGUUGUCAUCAGUGUCUAUUUCAAAGUAUAAACAUACAGAUUACAUGCUUUCUGAAUAAUAGAAAGAGAGAACUGACAUAUACUUAGUUUCUCUGCACAAUUUGCUGAGUCAGCCGCCAUGUUUUAGUUAUGGUGCCCUUAGCAUUUUGAAUCUGAUCUGGGAAGUUUUGCCUUUAAACAAUCUAUUACAUGUGUAUAUUUCUUUUCAGAUGUUUGUACAUGAUACUACCUGAUAUUAUUAAAGUUAUGGUUCAAGUAUAUUGUACCAUUUGGUGCUCAGCUUC